UUCAAGGAAAAAAUCAACCAGAAAAACCAAACAUACAUCAAACUGAAGAAGAGCGAAAAUCCACUACAUUACCACCGAUAGAAAGUUCGAAUCAACGAGAAGAAGACAACAGUAUUCAACCAAAACAACUUGAUCAAUCAGAUAUUAAUGAACAAGCCGACAAUCAAAUGGACAUAAUCAUGACAAACGAUGCUCAACAAGCAAACAACAUUGAUGAUGGACAAACUGGAAAAGUAGAAGAAGAAGACGAAGUGGGAAGCAAUGAAACUCAACUACCACAGCCAAUCACAGAACCAGGCGAAUUGGACGACGACGAACUACGACUAGCACAUAUUCCACCGAUACCGGAAGUACCAGAUGAACUGGAAGAAAAUGUUUUAACUUAUUUUGAUUUAAGAGAAAUUCAUUCUAUUAUGAUUAAUAUGGAUAAGGAUUUUAGUCCG